CCCGCUCGGACUACACUUCCCAUGAUGCACUGUGGCAGCGGCAGGGCGCUGCACAUGCGCACGCCCGGCAGCUCUGUCCCACACUCCUGCGGCGGGUUUGUUUCCGGGCAGAGGUCAGAGGUCCGUACGGAGUGCUGGGGGUUUCCGGGGUGCGGCGUCCCUGGGCCACGGGGCGAUGGAUGAGGAUGGGCUGCCCAUCGUGGGCUCCGGCAUUGACCUCACCAAGGUUCCUGCUAUUCAGCAGAAAAGAACUGUAGCAUUUCUAAACCAGUUUGUGGUUCACACAGUGCAGUUUCUCAACCGAUUUUCUACUGUUUGUGAAGAGAAAUUGUCAGCACUCUCUCUCCGUAUCCAACAAAUUGAAACAACACUCAACAUUUUGGAUGCAAAGUUGUCCUCUAUUCCUGGCCUAGAAGACGUCAAAUUUGAAGUGUCCACUGUAAAUAUGAAUAGUGUUACAAAUGGUCCUGUUGCACAAGCUACUACAGAUGAACAGACAACUAUAUCGCCUCAGUCUGGAAACAAUAUACAUGAAGAAGGGUUACAGAAAACAGAAGUAGUAACAGAAAAUAUCAGAACUGUUGCCAAGGAUCCAAGAUAUGCCAGAUAUCUCAAAAUGGUACAAGUGGGUGUUCCUGUAAUGGCAAUACGAAACAAAAUGAUUUCUGAGGGGCUAAAUCCAGAUCUUCUUGAGACCCCAGAUGCUCCUGUGCCUGCUUGGGGAGAUGACGGGAAUGCAGAAGAGAAUUCUGAUAGUGAAUCUUCAUUUAGUGACUAAAGAGACUGGUUUCAGCCUUUGGAAACUUCUGUUAAGUGCUAAUAUGUUUGAAGCUCUAGCAGAGAAUGUUAUGCUUGAGCCACAUGGAUGAUGAUUUAUCUGACAGCUUUUCUUAGCACUCAGAUCUUCCAUGUUCUCUCCCAGAAAGUUUGAACAGGCAGGAUGUUCGACCUGAACCUUUCCACCAGGAGAAUUAAUCAUGAGAUCCUUGCAAUUGUUGAUAGUGCAUUAUUUCAGAUUCUUUCUGAUUCCUCUGAAAUUACUAAAAAUUCCACACCUCUGAAACUCUAGUUCUCUAAGACUGCAUUGUGGUCAUUAUUAGACUUUCUAUGUAGCACUAUUAGCGUAAGUUGACAUCUUUCUGUUCCAUAACUUACAAGUAGAAUAACUUUUCAAAUGAAAUUGUUAAUUGUAAACUGAUGAACUGCAGUUUUUUAUGAUAUACUGUAUAUUGAAGUGAUAGUACAAGAAUUUCACAGAAGAGUCAGCUAUCAUAUGGUGAUACAAAUCAGUGAUGUUCUGUUUGGAGAGAAAUUGAACUACAAGUGGAAAAAUACACUUAAAAAUCUGAAUCUAUUUUCAAAAUGUCUAUUGCUAUUCAGUUUCACUUCAGAGUUUUUACAGAAAUUCCUGCUCUAUAGAAAAGUUGAUUUAUCAGAUUCAUGUUACAGUGGUGUACAAAGCAACAAAUGUUGCAAGAUUGUUUUGAAAAUGGCACUGUUGAAGUGAGCGACUGGGAGAUUAUUAAUGGAAUACCUGAUUCUCACUGCUUGUUCACUGUCAUACGGGUCAGUAGAAGCCACUUUCUGACAGCCAUUUGGCUCAUUUAAAAUGAGCUGUGGCUAUGCAGUUCACACAGGAUAAGAAAUCACCUCCAGGUUGGUGCCAUUGGUGGUAAUUUCCGCAAAGAAGCCAAAAUUCAAUUUAGGUAAUGAUAAACUUCCUCACCACCUCUUGAAGUAUGCAUUGGCGAACAAUGUGAAGAACUCACUCAGAGCCUGACUAACCCACAAGUUGGAUCAUCUCUCUUGCCUUCAAAGUACUUAAUUUAUGACAUGAGUCAAAAAUGACAUUUCAUUAAAGAAUCUGCUUUUAUUUAAUUUAUUCCACAUGAAAUUCUUCGCUUUCUAUUUGAAUUCCUCAGAUUACUGUGAUUAUACCAGAAUGCUGUGGGCCAGGCAAUCAUUCACUUUCUGCUAUUUCACAUUCUUCCUGAGAGCAAAAAAGACUAAAACUGUAGCUCUGAAUAUAUACAUUUGUUAACUUUUAUGACUAAGUCAUUAUCUCCUCUUUUAGUUAUUUAUGCCACUUCAAUAGAUUAACUAUUGUUUUUCUGUAACUUAAGCAUAGCUCCCGUUUAAGUCUAGCAGGCAUAAUUUAGCUCUUCAUAACUUGUAUAUCAAAAUAAUACAUGAAUCCCUAGAAAAGCGUAUAUGCACUAGAGAAUGUCUAGAUGUGGUAUUUCAGUAAAGAGUUAAUUAUUACUGAACACUUAACAGAAGUGUUCAAUAACUAACACUUGGCAAAACUUGGCAAGUAUUAACAUAUUAGCAAUAAAUAUUUCAAAAGUAAAUGUUGUAAUGGUAUUUGAGAAACCACAUGUUAAAAUACUGGUAACUUUAUGAAAUCUAUAUUUGAAAACUCAUUGAAGCAAUCUGUAUAAUUAAAAUUAUGUUUUGUAAACCAAAAUUGUGGCUCUGCUUUGUUCCCAUAUGCUGUUUUAAACAGGAUUAUGAAAAUUCUUCUGGAGUCCCUGUAAUUAUGUCAUGUUUCUCCAAGUCUAGUUAUGCUGAAGUUGUAUCAAUCUGUUGCUGAAGUGUUUUGAAAAUAGGGGUUUAAAGUUUGACCUAAGCCAUGUCAGUUGUCUGACUAGAGGAGAGCUGAAUACUUCAUAGCUGCUAUGACCUAAGCCAUGUCAGUUGUCUGACUAGAGGAGAGCUGAAUACUUCAUAGCUGCUAUUCUAACAAGAAACUUUAAGCAAGACUGAAAUUAAUGAGAAGGGUAUGUUUGAUACUGUAAAUCAUGCUGUUUCCUUACAUAUGUUAAUAUGAGCUUAAGAGUUGACGUUAGGCAUAGUAGUUAGUUUUCUCUUAAUAAAAAAAGUAGGUUAACGAAGUGUAUUUAAGGAAGUAUGACUUCUACUGUUUGUCAUUUUGAAGAAGCUUUUUCUAUGAGGUAAUUUUAGUCUGAAGAGAUCAAAGCUGAUUGUCUGCUGCACCACUGUGGAUGCAUUAUGUGAAAUGAAACAGGAAGCCUCUAGCCCACAGUUGCUUGUUAUAAUAAGGAAUAAUUAACUGGUAAUUACAUAUAUAUGUGUCACAGAAGUAGCAAUUUUGCUAGUAGGCAUGCUGAAGUAAUUGUUUAAGAAUUGGUUCUUUGCAAGGCAGCUGUUUACCAUGGAAUAGUGCAAUCUUGGUAGGCUUGCAGAAAUCUUAAGACAAAUCUUGCCACUUUGUCUUGUCUUCCACUUCAGCAGUGCCACACUAGGCUGUGAAAAUCCAGCUGUUUGAACUGCGGGGAUCCAGGGCAAAGAAAAAUAAAUCCUUCCCUUCCACCUUCAGUGCAUCAGUAGCCAUCCUUCUUUUGAUAUCUUCAGAACCUCUGAACACUGAACUUCUCUGUUCCUGCCAGCUUCAUCUGUUAAACACAUCCCUGUUCUCUUAAACUGUAGCCAAGUUCAAUUUGAGAUGUUUCAGCUUAGGACACAUGCUGAUACAAGAAGUUAUUAAAUAUGGGAUGGUUGAUUUGAGACAGAAUUAUGUCAGCUGUUCUAGUCCUUGAUCUGCAGCAGUUUUCUAGUGAGCUGCCGCUAACCCAAGAAGCUGGAAAGUCCUUGACCACAAGCUAAAUACUAUAGGCAGCGAAUAUUCCAAUGUGCUCAUUAUUUGUCAUCUGUUUUGGAGUAGAAGAUGGAGGAAGUGUUUCAACUUUGCUGCAUAGUAAUCUGAUAUACAUAGUCCUUUCAAGGCGAGAAGUCCAUUCUUAAGUUACUUGUUUUUAAGAAGCUUCCAAAAGCAAUGAACUGUUGAAAGAUGCAGUAUAGAAUAAGUAAGAUGCAUCAGUCAUAUAUGCAUGUAAUAUACCGAAAUCAUACACGGAUUUAAGAUCUCCAUCCAGGGCAAUAUUACAACUUAUAGGCAUGAGAACUACUUCAGCUUUUUGCUGGAAUAACUAUUGACAUAAUAAAAAUUAUGAUGUAAUCAAUGUUUAAAUGUUGGGGGGGGGUUACCCCAUCACUACCUUCCUAAUUUUGCAGAUGAACAGGAAUACAAAAUGUGUAAAGAUCACAAUUCUUAAAGAUAUUACAAGUAUUUUAAAUGCAUCUAGGUGCCUGAAGACUAGAUGCAUAUCUGUAUUUAUGAAAGUCAAACCUCAGACAACCAUCAAAGGCAAAACCAACAUCUGUACAGGACAAUGACUUCAUACUGAAGUCCUAGUUUAGCACUAUUAAUCAUUUUACCAUCCUUUCUCAGCUCUCCUGUUCAGCUACAUCUGAAAAGAAAACUGGUGAUCUUUUUUGCAAGUUAAGCCUCUCCCUCUCUUUUUUCUUUCCAGAGCUUUUCCAGUGUUAUAUACACUAUUGAUUUAACUGUAUAGUUUGAAAUUCAGUGAAAAAACAGUCAUAAGAAAUUAUAGGCUGUGCUUUGGAAAAGAGAAUGUCACUAAGAUCAUCACUUCUAGUAGUGUCUGAUGAAGCCAAUUUUGCUUUCCAUAGUGUUAUGUAACAAGAAACUAAAGUUCAUCACAGGCUUAAGCUUACUGGGAGUCUACUCCCCUGCUUUGUCAUGUGAAAGUUGAUACAAGGAUACAAUGGACUUAUCUACAAAGCAGAAUAUGUAUUUUCUUACUCUUCAGAAAAGCAGGUCAAAUGCCUGCACAAAUGCCCAACAUGUUAUUGUCAUUAUUCUUUAUGUUGGUCUCUCCAUUGACACCACUCUACAAGCGAAAUAGGAAGGACCACAUUAGCUCAGGCCUGUGACUUGCUUAGUGUUAUGGUUCUCUCUCUGGUAAUGAUCAAUACUGGAUGCUUUAAUAGAGUGUUUUAUAAUGUUGAUUUCUGUAUACCACUUUCCAACACCUCUUUAGCAAGGAAUACUUUUGCGCUCUGAGAUGAUCGUUUGAUCUUCUGGAGCUAGUUCACCUACUUUUAAAGAAGGGUAGAAGUAGGAAGUGGGGGGUGAACAGUAAAAAUGAGGAGUGUCUGCUUUUCUCAGUUAUUUUAUCAUUUGUUUUUUCCUCAGUGCUGUGGUUUGACAGUGAGCUGCCAACUAGUAAGAAUGGAGACUUCUUCCAAGCAACCUUGAACAACAUUAACUUGUUUGCCCAGCAUGAUGCCUGUUGUCAUCAAAGGCAAAAGGUGUAAGUGUGGGCAGCCACUAUUUUUGUAAUAAUUGAUGAGCUGAGUAAUGGUUCAUAGUGCCUUGUCUUACCUUUGGUGUCGUUUAGGGAACAGCUGUGGUGUACAAAAGCUUGCCUGCACAAAAGCAUCUGAUAACAUUGAGAAGAAAAUUUCAAAGCAGCUGAAUAUACUUAAAAUAUCAGGGGUGCAGGGUUAUUAAUAUCAUUUUUCUCAUUGUAACUUCUGUUUGCCUCUAACCUGGCUUUCAUAUGUACCUCCUAUUCUAAAUGUUAGGCUUUUGUUAUUGUUCUUUCAGCCUCCAGGCAUCCUUGCUCUUCAAACAUUGUUGAGUUGGCCUGUUGCCGUAGUUUAAAACCAUACAAGUCUCUUUCUUUAGAGCUCUUCCAUUUUAAAGGGUGACUCUGAUAGCUUCUGUAUCAUAGUUUAGUUGUGGAAAAUGUGUCAGCCUGAUUUCCUAUCAAAAUACGAUCACUUUGUACGUGUGUCUGUUCUUAAUUUUCCUCAACUUUCAGAACAUGCUGUCUAGUUUCCGUCACAUUUUGGUGGAGAGAGAGGAAUAUGUCUCAGACAUUUGAGUCCCUAAGGUUUUGAUGAAAUAAGUCACUGGGCAGGAGAGAGAGAUUGUAAUAGCAUUUGUGCUGAAGAAAAGCUGCAGCCUUGGCUCAAGCCUUCCUAGACUCCAAGUGAUCAACAUAAGAAAGGAGUGUUACAAAAUACCCUUGUGUGCUCUUCCCCUACAGUCUGGUCCUCUGGCCCUCUCAUCAGCCAGGAACCUUUAGACCUCUCUAGUUACAGACUGAACUCAAUUCUAGGGUUGUCACAUGGAUUUUCUUUAUUUAGGAAAUGUGUCAAUCAGCAGAACAGCACAGCACUGGUACGCUGCCAGGGAGACUAUAACCAGUGGCAACCAAACUGUCCAGCAACUAGAAUCUGAAGUUUACUAAGCAUGGUUUCCAUUGUUUCCAGCAGAUUUUUAUGAGCAUAAAGUCAUGGUCUGUAAACCUGCUGUAGGACAUGUGCGCUUAGAGUUUGCAUGUUAGAGGCCAAAGCCAGUCAGCUACAGGUUAGAGCUCCCCAGGAAAUCAAAUUCUGUUCAUUUGCUUGAACGGCUUGCUUUAAGUAUACAGCUAUCGGAAAAUAUUUUAAAAGUUGCCCAGUUUGGAUGAAAAGAGAUGUCAUGUUUUUGCAGAGACUGAAACGUUGGCAGAGGGGACAGAAACAAUAGGACAGUUCUCUUCAGGAGUGAUUUGUACUGUGCUCACAGUGGACCAGUCUGUGCUAGUGUUGUGUAAUAGAAUAGACAGAAAAUCAGGUGGUAGUACAAACAUUUUCCUUUUGACGUAUCAACAGAGGGGUCUGCAUAACAGAACUUGUCUUUCUCCUGUUCUGGACAUUUUUUUUCCAUUGUAGUUGUGUCUCUAUCAUCAUACGUAUCAGUACACACUACACUAGCUGUUUUUUCCAGGACUUGCCUCUCCUGGGUGCUCAUCCCUGUACUCCAUUGCCUGCAGCUGCCUUCCACAGGAUUUCCAGGCAUUCCAAGCAGCCUCAGCCACUGACACUACCGUGUACAGCUGCUCAUAUUCAGGCCUCAGCUGCCUACUGCACUGUGUGUUUCUAAUCUCACUUCUUCCAGGGACCAAAUUGCUCAAUCUUGCAAAUAGUGACAUUGGAUUCUUUCAGCAGCUGUCUUCGGUAGGGCAGUGUCAUAAGAGCAUCUUAGCUUCUUAACUGUUUUAUUCACAUACCGAGUGCACGAUAAAGCUAUCGUCACUAUUAAUGUCACGCAAUCUGUUCAGGUACCAGCCAUGCGGCUUGGAAUGCCACACUUUGGCCGUUCUUCUUUAUAUAUCCUUACUGUGUGAGACUUUUAGUCACCUGCCAAAAGUAUCACCCUGCUGUAAGAGAGAAGCUUGUGAUCAGCAGUCAUUUCGGUCAUCCCCUUCAUGUUCCCCAUGUGUCAGUUGAAAGCAAGUGUCCACCGAUGCAGUAUAUGUUCUUUCUCAGUUAACACAUGCACUUCAUACUUAGCUAGAAUCUGCAUAGCAGAUUCACAUUAGUGCCAGUCUUCACUGGUCUUCAGUAGUUUUGCUUGAUCUCUUUUUCUUUAGCCUACGUAUGAAAAUACAGUGAACUGGGGAGAAAGAAAGCAUUUAGUACCUUGAUCAUGGAUUGCAUCUUUAUCCUUAAAUUUUGAAAGUGUUUAUUUUAUAAACUCUUUCAUUUCACAUAAAUGCAUCCCCACAUAUGCAUUCUCACAUGUUCUCUCCUAACUUUCCAGCAUGUUCACAUUUUUAAUUCCAGUUUGCAACAUUUUAUCCAUUCCUGAGCAAGGCACUUUCUUUAUUUAUGUCCAAGACCCAAACAAACAAAAUUCUUUCAACCAUCUCUCUGAAUUACUGAAGAGAUGACAGGAGAAAAAAGCAAAAUGAUUAAAUUCUCUCCCACUUAAAAUGAAAAUUUUACUGAAGCUUGUUUUGUUACAUAGGAUUGUAGUGAAAACAGAUGAUAUUUGAAACUUGGCUUUGAAACAGUCCUCUCUCCAGCCUCCACAGGCAACCAGACAUUCUCCCUCUCCACGUCACUUCCAACAGCCUUUUGGUACAGAAUAUUUCCCUGUUUAUCCUCCAGACAAAUUAUAAUUGCUGGUCUGAAGUCAUUUGUGUACGAAGAAAAUGGUGUGUUGUCAACUCCAAAUUCCA